CCCCCGCGCCGCGCCGUCUCCAGCUGCCCGUGCGGGACGCGGCUCGCCCCGGACCCCGUUCCCGUCCCCGACAACGCGCUCCAUGCAAUCCCGGCUCCUGCUGCUCGGGACGCCCGGCGGCCACGGCGGCCCGGCCGCGCGGCGCGUGCGGCUGCUCCUGCGGCAGGUGGUGCGGGGCCGGCCGGGCGGCGACGGGCGGCGGCCGGAGGUCAGACUGGUGCACGCCGGGGCGGGGGCCGACACAGGUGAUACAGUUAAUAUUGGAGAUGUAUCCUACAAGUUGAAAACUCCUAAGAGCCCCGAACUUGUGCCACAGAACUACAUUUCAGACUCUCUGGCUCAAUCUGUAAUUCAACAUCUGCGAUGGAUAAUGCAAAAGGAUCUUUUGGGGCAAGAUGUCUUUCUAAUAGGACCUCCUGGGCCUCUUCGCCGCUCUAUUGCUAUGCAGUACCUGGAGCUGACCAAGCGGGAGGUUGAAUAUAUCGCCUUGUCCAGGGACACCACCGAAACCGACCUCAAACAGCGACGAGAGAUUCGUGCAGGCACCGCCUUUUACAUCGAUCAGUGUGCAGUUCGUGCAGCCACAGAAGGCAGAACGCUCAUCUUGGAAGGCUUGGAAAAGGCGGAGAGGAAUGUCCUGCCGGUUUUGAACAACUUGCUGGAAAAUCGGGAGAUGCAGCUUGAAGAUGGACGCUUCCUCAUGUCUGCCGAGCGUUACGACAAACUUCUCCAAGAUCAUACCAAAUCAGAAAUGGAUGCUUGGAAGAUUGUUCGAGUUAGUGAAAAUUUCCGGGUGAUUGCCUUGGGCUUGCCAGUGCCUAGGUACUCUGGGAAUCCGUUAGACCCCCCUCUCCGUUCCCGAUUUCAAGCCAGAGAUAUUUAUUAUCUACCCUUCAAGGACCAACUUAAAUUGUUAUAUUCAGUUGGACCCAAUGUUUCUUCUGAGAAAGUUUCUCAGCUUUUGUCCUUUGCCACCACUCUCUGUUCCCAAGAAUCUUCUACACUGGGGCUUCCAGAUUUUCCUUUAGAUAGUUUACCAGCUGCCGUUCAAAUCCUGGAUUCCUUUCCUAUGAUGUCGAUCAAACAUGCAAUCCACUGGCUUUACCCGUACACCCUUUUACUAGGACAUGAAGGGAAGUUGGCUGUGGAAGGUGUUUUAAAGCGCUUUGAACUCCAAGAUUCCAGAAGCUCUGUGCUUCCUACAGAGAUUGUCAGAGUGGAGAGGAUGACUGAAAACCACAUCUCCCAGGCGUCUGUGACCGUCCACGUUGCAGACAAAGAGGUGACCUUUAAGGUACCAGCUGGGACUAGGCCCUUCAAUCAGCCUCAUGCAUCGGAACGUUUUAUACAAACUUUAAGCCACAAACAACUACUGGCUGAAAUGAUGCAGUCUCACAUGGUUAAGGACAUAUGUUUAAUUGGAGGAAAAGGUUGUGGGAAAACGGUCAUCGCUAAGAACUUUGCAGACACCUUAGGAUACAACAUAGAACCUAUCAUGCUCUAUCAGGAUAUGACAGCUCGUGAUCUGCUCCAGCAGAGAUACACUCUCCCAAAUGGAGACACUGCCUGGCGGUCCUCGCCCUUGGUGACCGCUGCUCUGGAAGGAAAGCUGGUCCUCCUGGAUGGCAUCCAUCGCGUCAACGCUGGCACGCUCGCUGUACUGCAAAGGCUGAUCCAUGAUCGCGAGCUGAGCCUCUAUGAUGGCUCUAGGCUGCUGAGACCAGACAGGUACAUGCGUUUAAAGGAGGAGCUGCAACUGUCUGACGAACAGCUACAGCAGAGGUCCAUUUUUCCUGUCCACCCCUCCUUCAGAAUCAUCGCCUUGGCAGAGCCCCCUGUCAUUGGAAGCACAACACAGCAGUGGCUGGGGCCAGAAUUCUUAACCAUGUUCUUUUUCCAUUACAUGAAACCACUUGUCAGAAGUGAAGAAAUCCAAGUGAUUAAGGAAAUGGUCCCAAAUAUGCCUCAGGAAGCUUUGGAGAAAUUGUUAUCGUUUACACACAAACUCAGAGAGACUCAGGAUCCGACGGCACAAUCAUUGGCAGCAUCACUUUCUACCAGACAGCUGUUGCGAAUUUCUCGUCGGCUGUCGCAGUACCCUAAUGAAAACCUUCACGGGGCUGUCACUAAAGCCUGCCUUUCCAGGUUCCUACCAAAUCUUGCAAGGUCAGCAUUAGAAAAAAAUCUGGCAGAUGCUUCAAUAGAAAUAAAUACUGAUGAUAAAGUAGAACCUGAACUGGAGAAUUACAAAUGCGAAGUUGCAUCUGGAUCUCUGAGGAUCGGAGCUGUCAGCGCACCGAUCUAUAAUGCCCACGAGAAGAUGAAAGUGCCUGAUGUCCUGUUCUAUGAUAACAUUCAGCACAUGGUAGUGAUGGAAGAUAUGCUCAAAGACUUUCUUCUUGGGGAACAUCUGUUAUUGGUUGGUAACCAGGGUGUAGGAAAAAACAAGAUUGUUGACAGAUUUCUUCACCUGCUCAAUAGACCCCGAGAAUAUAUCCAGCUACACAGGGACACCACGGUACAAACCCUUACUCUUCAGCCUUCUGUUAAAGAUGGGCUCAUCGUGUAUGAAGACUCACCUUUGGUUAAAGCAGUGAAGUUGGGUCAUAUUCUGGUAGUAGAUGAGGCAGACAAGGCCCCAACAAAUGUCACCUGUAUUUUAAAAACUUUAGUAGAAAAUGGAGAAAUGAUUCUAGCAGAUGGAAGACGCAUUGUUGCAAAUUCUGCUAAUGUGAACGGAAGAGACAAUGUUGUAGUGAUUCAUCCUGAUUUUAGGAUGAUCGUUCUGGCCAAUAGACCUGGAUUUCCUUUCCUAGGCAACGAUUUCUUCGGUACUUUAGGUGAUAUUUUUAGCUGCCAUGCAGUGGAUAAUCCCAAACCCCAGGCAGAGCUCGAGAUGCUCAGACAAUAUGGACCAAACGUGCCUGAGCCCAUCCUUCAGAAGCUUGUGGCUGCUUUUGGAGAGCUGAGGAGUUUAGCUGACCAGGGAAUUAUUAACUAUCCUUAUUCUACCAGAGAAGUUGUCAACAUAGUCAAGCACUUACAGAAAUUUCCCACCGAAGGUCUGUCCAGUGUGGUUAGGAAUGUGUUCGACUUUGAUUCCUACAACAACGAUAUGAGGGAGAUUUUGGUUAACACUUUGCAAAAGUACGGGAUACCCAUCGGAGCCAAACCUAUGAAUGUGCAGCUGGCGAAGGAGUUGCCUCUGCCAGCGCAGACAUUCCUGGGCUACUGGGCAAUUGGUCAGUCAAGAAAUGGAAUGCAAAGACUGUUGUGUCCAGCAGAAACUCGUCGUAUAGAUGUGAAGGGCCCAGUGCCUGUCAACAUACAGAAGUAUCCAAUAGAAAGACAGGAGGGAAGAGCUCAAACCUUUACUGAAGAAUGUGUCUCCUGGAGUUUGCCGUUGGAUGAAGUGAAUAUAAUCUGUGACAUUGCUACAUCACAUGAAAAAGAGGAAAAUAAUCUCUAUGUAGCUACAUGCAAUCCGGUUUCCUUGUACUUUAUGGAUAUGGCUGGGAAAACUGGCUACUUUGUGGACUUAUUUGACAUCUUCCCAAGAACGGCCAGUGGAGUGUGGCACCCAUUUGUGACAGUGGCGCCCCUGGGAAAUCCCCUCAAGGGUCAACUGAUUCUCCACGAGCAACAGAGUAACAUCAUCCUACUGUUGGAUACCACCGGCCAAACCCUUCGUCAUCUUAUCCUCCCCUCAGAAGAGGUUACGUCUAAGAAACCUUCCUGGUGGUACAAGGAAAACACUGAAACGUAUAAAAUGUGCAGAGAAUUUUCGCACCAAAACUGGCUGGUAUUCUACAAAGAAAAAGGGAACAGCCUGACUGUGCUGGAUGUUCUAGAAGGGCGAACUCAUACCAUCUCGCUUCCCAUCAACCUCGAGACAGUUUUUCUUGUAGCGGAGGACAAAUGGCUUCUGGUGGAGAGCGGGACCAAUCAAAAAUACCUCUUAAGUAAGCCUGCACACAUCGAAUCUGAGGAGAGUGGUGUUUGCCAGUUGUAUGUGUUGAAAGAGGAACCUCCUAGCGCAGGGUUUGGAGUUAUACCAGAAACAGAUUUCAGCAUUCCUCAUAAAAUUUCAAGUGAUCAACUAUCAUCUGAAAAUCUAAGUUCAGCUGUGGGACAAAAGAUUGCCUCUCCGAACCGAAUUCUGUCAGAUGAGAACAGUUACGCUACAGUUGUCGUUGGUUUCCCAGAUCUCAUGUCACCAAGUGAAGUUUACUCUUGGAAUAGGCCAUCAUCUCUGCAUAAAUUAAGUGUCACUGAUACAGCUUUCUAUGGAAGAAAGAAGAGAAGUGGAACUCCAAAACAGAGCAAUUGUGUGACCCUUGUGGAUACUAAUCAGAUUGUCAGGAUUUUGCCCCCAGGAGAAGUCCCUCUAAAAGAUAUCUUCCCGAAAGAUGUUACCCCUCCAUACACAGCUGGUUAUAUUGAAGUCACUGAUCUUCAAUCAAAGAAACUCCGAUAUAUCCCUAUUCCCAGAUCAGAGUCUCUCUCCCCAUAUACCACGUGGCUGUCCACUAUUUCGGACACCGAUGCCCUGCUCGCUGAAUGGGGCAAAGGUGGUGUUGUCACUGUUGAUAUGGGAGGUCGCAUCAGGCUUUGGGAAACUGGACUUGAACAUCUGCAGCGCUCACUCACAGAAUGGAGAAACAUGAUUGGACAAGACGACAGACAUAUGCAGAUAACAAUCAACAGAGAUAAUAAUGAAGACGUGAGUUCCCCCAAACAUGGGAAGGAGGACCCAGACAACAUGCCACACGUGGGCGGCAAUACUUGGGCUGGAGGAACAGGGGGAAGAGACACUGCAGGUCUGGGUGGCAAAGGUGGUCCUUACCGGCUGGACGCUGGCCACAAUGUGUACCAGGUCUCUGAGGCUGAGAAAGACGCAGUUCCUGAGGAGGUGAAGAAAGCUGCGAGAGAGAUGGGCCAGAAGGUGUUUCAACAGAGGUUAAAGGAGAUCCAAAUGAGUGAAUACGAUGCCACCACCUACGAAAAGUUUUCAGGCGCUGUUCGAAGGCAGGUGCACUCCCUCCGAAUCAUCCUGGAUAAUUUACAGGCUAAAGGCAAAGAGAGACAGUGGCUAAGACACCAAGCUACUGGGGAACUAGAUGAUGCCAAGAUUAUCGAAGGGCUGACUGGAGAGAAAGCCAUCUACAAACGCCGGGGUGAGCAGGAGCCACAGCUGGGCAGCCCCCAACAGAAGCCCAAGCGCCUGCGACUGGUGGUGGAUGUGUCCGGCAGCAUGUACCGCUUCAACGGGGUGGAUGGCCGGCUGGAACGCUCCAUGCAGGCUGUGUGCAUGGUCAUGGAAGCCUUCGAGAACUAUGAAGAGAAGUUCAAGUAUGACAUCGUUGGACACUCUGGAGAUGACUACAACAUUGGCCUAGUUCCAAUUAACAAGAUCCCCAAGGACAAUAAGCAAAGACUGGACGUUCUGAAGACAAUGCAUGCCCACUCACAGUUCUGCAUGAGUGGUGACCAUACGUUAGAGGGGACAAAACAUGCCAUCCAGGAAAUCGUCAGGGAAGAAGCUGAUGAGUACUUCGUCAUCGUCUUGAGUGAUGCAAACCUGUCACGAUAUGGAAUACAUCCUGCCAAGCUGGCCCAAAUCCUGACAAGCAACCCUCAAGUAAAUGCGUUUGCCAUUUUUAUUGGAUCGCUAGGUGAUCAGGCAGCCAGGCUUCAGAGAACUUUACCAGCUGGCCGGUCUUUCAUUGCCAUGGAUACUAAGGACAUCCCUCAGAUUUUGCAACAGAUCUUUACCUCCACCAUGUUGUCCAGUGUUUAAGAAGUGCCCUUCAGCUACCUGGUGACCCGGGAUUCGCCAUAGGACAGGAAUAAAGAAGACUCUGAACGACAGAAGACAUCUCCAAGUGAACCCGAGCAAUGAGUGGAGGAUUCUGGCAUUCCUGCCUCCUGCUGCUCUUGCUCAGUAAUCAAAAUUCAGAAAAGCUGCCAGAGGGAGGCUUGUGCAUGGAAACGUACUGCCGUUGAUAGAUUUACAAAUCAUUACAGGAAGCAAGUUGACCUGCAUUUUAUAAAAGGUCGGGUUACAGGAAGGUGGUUGGAGAACUGUGGUGCUUAGUCGGUUUCCCAAAACCUGAGGGAGAGAGAAUACCUUGCUUUGGCCUUGGCACAUCAUCGGGUCCCCUGAGAUAACAAAAGUGACCCCAUCAAACUAAGUUUCUGAUGCCACAUUCUGACAUAAGAUACAAGCCUGUGCAAACUCACCCUUCCUGUCCAAUAAUUACUUUUAUUUUCUCCCCCACUCUCUGUUGCCCAACAAAGAUUUGAUAGUAUUUAAUCCACUGGGAAGUCCUUCUAACAACAGUAUUUUAUAAAAGGUUGGAUUUUCUCAAUAAUUCCAUUUUCUUGGCCAAAACCAGAAGGAAUCAAAAGACCCUUGGAUCGCUUCCUUUCCCACGUGACUUUUAAAAGGCUCUUUAAAUAAUGAAGAGCAAAUGUUGUAUUCUCCAUGCCGCUGGGAGUGGAAGGAUAAAGGAUGUCUGGCCUUCA